UGUUAGUAAAUAUUGAGCAUCCGGUGGUUUAAUGGACAGAAUCUGAAAAUUAAUAUAAAAUUUUACAAAAUGUUUAAUUGAGUUGACUUUCGAUGUCAUCUAUUUGUGUGAAUGAAAUGAAGUCUUAUAUGAGUUACGAAUUCAAGCGAAUAUAAUGAAGAAAAGACACCAAUUAUUAUAUAAUAACUAAUUGACACUCAAAUAGAAAACGGGAUUUCAUUGAUUGACAAAAUGGCGAUCAAUGACAAGCCAAAGAUGUUGAUGGAUGAGAGUCUCGAAGAGGAGAACAGCGGCGACGAGGAGGAAGAGGGUCGCGACGAACACCAGAAGCCGUUGAUAGAGAGCGAGUCCUCUCAGACCGAAAGUGUAAUUCCCCUUUCAAUCGGCAAAAUUAAAAUUUUUAAACCCCGAAGACGUAAUCGGUUUCUACUUAAGAAAUACUUUAAGCUGUGUUCAGUCAUUUUGGUGAUAAUCGUUGUCUGUGUUUAUUUGCUUCGUUUGAGAGACUCUUUGUAUCUGUCGCCCUAUUCAUUGAAAUCAAGUAAAGCGAGUUGUGAUCGAUUGUCAACUGUUUUGGUGUGGAAUAAGACAUUUCCAAUGCUUACCAUUGAAUCUGCUCUAAGACUUGUUGAUGUCAACAAUGAUACCAUACUUGAUGCUAUCGUUCCGUUUGGAACCGGAUGUGGAGGUGGGGUAAUGGCCAUCGAUGGGCGCACGGGUGAGCAGCUGUGGAUUCGUUACACUCCUCACGAGUUAUUUGCCAGUAAUUGUAAUAAUGAUAUUAAUGGUGAUGCCAUCAAAGACUGUAUUCUGGGAGGACGGAUGGCC